ACGGGGUGGUUACUGGUGAGUGCCGCAACUCCCAACUCCGGUGGGCGCACUCCCACUGCCCGACGACUCAAAAACCCCCUCCGCCUCCCGCGCUCGCUCGAGCCAAGGUGACGGGGAGCGCCGCGGUCGCCAAUCCGAUCGCGGAAUCAGCUCGUUCUUUCGGCCUCCCGGACGCAGCGCGCUGGUGUUGGAUCGCCGGAAAAGCGGUUGGUUCCUUGGUGAGAGCAGCAGGAUAGAGCAAUGUUCUCCUUGUUCUAUGGCCUAUGGAAGUACGUGUUCAACAAGGACGAGUUCCGUGUUCUUAUUCUUGGGGUCGACAAGGCUGGCAAGACGACUUUGCUGGAGAAGUUAAAAUCAAUAUAUCUGAAGGGGGGAGGACUUCCACCAGAUCGUGUUGCUCCCACUGUUGGACUUAACAUUGGCCGCAUUGAAGAUGCAAAUGCAAAACUUGUUUUCUGGGAUCUGGGUGGUCAGGUUGGCCUACGCACAAUCUGGGAGAAAUAUUAUGAAGAGGCUCAUGCCAUAAUAUAUGUUGUUGAUGCUGCCUCUGCAUCAUCGUUUGAAGAUGCCAAAUCUACCCUGGAGAAGGUUAUUCGCCAUGAGCAUCUGAGAGAGGCACCGCUCUUGAUAGUUGCAAACAAACAGGAUUUACCCGGGGUCAUUGCUGAUGAAGAAUUUUCUGGAUAUAUGCAUCUUAAAGAGUUGGAUGAGAGGCCGUAUAUGUUUCAGGCUGUAUCUGCCUAUGAUGGGAGGGGGAUCAAAUCUGGUAUAGACUGGCUCGUGGAACAAAUGGAAAGAAGUAAACGUACUGAGGCGCUAAGGACUCGUGCUGGUGCAGCUGGGCAAAUUUAGAAUGUCCGUAUGCAGUUGUGAUCAAUGAUUUUGUUAAAGAGCAAAGCAGUUGAUGCGAGGGCUUACGUUAAUUCUGCAUCCAUAAGCAGCCAUUGCGGCGUCUCAUGAUUACAAAGUUCACCCUUACGAAUCGACCAGACUGCUGCAAAAAAUGUUUGGGUUAUUAACUCCUUAUGCUGUGGUGAUGGCGAGGCAAUUCGUUUGGUUUUAAUGAUUGGCAUUCUUCUGUACCUAAAGAUCCUUAAAGGAUUCAUGUUUAUAUCACUGCUUUUUGUAUUAGGUUAGUGUCAGUGUAGAGGAUCAAAGAGCCAUGUACUCAUGUCAUGUUCUUUGUAAAUGGGAAAACUGGAAAGGAUAAAGGAAAGAAUAAAUUCCAUGUCAUGAUCGUGGAAUUAAUUUACUACGCAUA